AUUUUCACGAGUUCUAACAAAGAACUUUUAUUUUAAAUUGCCUAAAAAGUGAAGGUAAGAAUUUGAUGUCUAAACAAUAAUAAUAACUGCCUGACUAUGUCGUUUACAAUUUAACCAGAUCGGGCAUUGAUAUUGUUGCCCUAGAGUUAUAAAAAAAAUGAAGACACUAACUAGGGGAGCGAACACAACAAAAAGCUACUGACCACUACUACGACUACUACAGUUACAGUUACAGAGUACUAUUACCGUACUAGCACUAGCAUUAUUAGGCGGUGACUGGGUCUCGGGUCACAAAACUCAAAGUUAAAAAAAAAUAUAUAAUAAAUUAUGGCUGAUAAUUAAAUUUUAAAUAAAAAUUUGUUAAAAGUUUGUACACUAACUAUUUUAAUGUUAGUUUAUAGCUUAAUUAUCAGUUGACUUAUAGAAACCGGUUGUGACUGGGUUUUUUAUUCUAGGAAAAAGUGGUUGCGUUUUUAUCUUCUGUGGUAGAUAGAUAUCAACAAGCUGGAAGAUAACAGUCUGCCAUAAUUAAUGAAAACUACAAAUUACUUGACCACCAAUGACUGGCUGCUUACUACAGUAAGCUUAACAGUUAACAGAUUUUCUGGAUGCCAAGUAGAGUAAGGACACAAAGGCUCACAGCAAAAGGGGGAGGGAGGUCAUAGUCAUGAGACACAAAAACAACAAAAUGUUUUGUAAAUGAUUUUUAAUAUCCUUCUGUACAUUAUUUGGUUUUGCAUAUUUUGCACAAUGUUACACUGAACAUUCAAAAUAUCUCUCACUCAGAGUCAGCGAUUACUAAUGCAAGUAAGUCGUUGCUGUCAAAAGUACGGACAAGCCGGACGACCAGCGGAAAGUACGGACAAAUAUGGAUGCAAAAUUUAGCACGGACAAGGGGGGCGAAAAUACUAAAUGCGGACGUCUGGAUACCAUAACUAUGGCCUAUAGCUGGUCUUUAUAAUCAUGUCAAUCUAAGAUGCUGUGCCAAGCAGUUUGGAAUGCAUUGUAAACAAAAGUGUCAAGUCUGGAAGUGGGGCGGGGGGGGGGGGGUUUUUUUAACAAAAAAAACCCCUUGAAAUAGUGCAAAUCCUGUCCCACAUGCAUUGUCAAAGGCUAUCUGUGAGACAACAUUGGGUUUUACCUUUCAAAAAGCACAUACCAUGCCACUCUGGAAACAAAUUACAUCAUGAACAGGGUAAACACACACCUAUGGCUUUGCCACACAGUCUGCUUCGGCCCUGUGUGUUUCUAAAAUCAUGAUGUUUUUUUAAAAAUUUGCUAUGAGACUGAUGGCUGUGAAUGAACUGUGGCUAAUGUCUGUACAUUUUGCCAACGCAUAGAGAAAGCAAUGUGGUUGAUAUGACGACUAUGGACAUAAUAUUCAUAUACCGGUAUUUUAUUUGGAUAUUCAUAACAGAUUUGUGACAAGCUGUAGGCUACAGCGUGGCUACAUCGUCAUUGGUAAAUUGUGGUUACAUUAUGUCUAUAUCCUACCUACAUCAUGGCUACAUCAUACCUACAUCAUGGCUAAAUUGUGGUUACAUUAUGUCUCUAUCCUACCGACAUCAUGGCUACAUCAUACUUACAUCAUACCUACAGCAUGGCUAAAUCAUGACUACAUCAUGGAUGCAUUAACAUGUAAAGCUAAAAAGUAAAUAAGCUGCGUGAAGAAUGUUUGAAUCGAAUGAAAUCUUGCUAAAUACCGGUAUUCCAAAUUGUUCUGUGGUUACAACACACACGCACACAUACACACUUUCUGUUUGUCUUCACAUUUCUCCUUAUGUUCACCGUACUCAUGUCUUCAUCUUUCAAAUUAUUGAGCAUGAUAAUCAUGCUGGCUGAACAUGGAAAUAGCACUUCGCUGCAAAUAGCACCACUUUGGUUUGGUCCCAAGAGUUUGUUCUAAUCAUUGGUUUCACUGUCAAACAUUUUGGAAGUCGCAGGUAUGGCUUAUGAUAGCUGCAGGUAUUGCAUAUGAUAGCCGCAGGUAUUGAUUAUUAGUGCCGCAACUAUGGCAUAUGUGUGUGGCAGGCAGGGCUUAUGAGAUGUAAAGGUAUGGCUUAUGGGAGUCACAUGUACGGCUUAUCUUAUGGUUAUGAGCUUUAAGGCCAGCACGUCUUGUUCAAGUUAAAACACAUAAUAAUGGGCACAUAACUUAUAUUUAAAAUAUUUAAAUUGCUAAAAAAAAAUAUUCAGAAAAAUUAAAAUAAUACUUCUGUUACAAAUGAAAAAAAUAAUUUAAUUUAAAAAUAAAUAAGUUUUUAAAUAAGAUGAAAAUAAAUAGACGGUUCAAAUUUAGGCGUAUUCAAACUUGAUCAGCGUCUGGACAUCGAUCACAAAAUAUUAUAUCGGCUAGCAUUUACUCUACCGCAAGACCACACUAGAUGCUAACUAACUGGCAUAUUUUAAGACCAGGCUUAUGGUAAUUUCUUGCAGCAGUGUAAGCAGGUCUGGUGCCGUGGUUUUGCUUGGUACACUUUGUUAUUUCUUAGCAAAACUAAAAAGUACCGGUACAGGAAGGCCUUUUCCACUGAAGUACCGGUACAGGAAUGCCUUUCCACUGCAUUUCUGUUUGUAGAUAACCGGUUUCAAACUUGAUUGCUCAAACUGAUAACCAGUUUGCUAAAAAUGACAUAUUAACAUCCCUACUUAAUAAUGUCAUGUCCUAGUGACCAGUGCGUCCCACAUUAAAGUUGAAAAUAAAGACAACAAAAAAUUUUAAAAGACAAUCUUUUCUUCAAUGAGGUUGAAUGCACUAAAAAUAGAAAAUAAUUAAAGAUUUCUUAAGAUACAUCAGCAAAUAAAUAACUUUGUGUGUUAUAGGUCCAUAUUAUUAUCAUUUGAUAAUCAGCUUAACUCUCACCUAAUCGCAUAAAUAAAUUGUGAUAUUCAAGCUAAGCUGGCUUAAGUAUAGGGAAGGAUAUCAGAAAUUAAAUGAGGCUCUGAAAGAAAUUAGAACAUGUGGGUUGCUAUUACUGCCACAACAUUAACCUCCAGCGGGCCUCUACUGUGUCUCCCUGCAAUGCCUCUACUGUGUCUCCCUGCAACGCCUCUACUGUGUCUCCCUGCAAAGCCUCCCCAAUAAAAGGAGAUGGAUGAAGCAGAAGAAUGACAUUGACAGAGAUUAUAGUGAUAAUGUCUUAGGCUUUGUAGAGAUUGUAAUUAUCAUGUCUUAGGCUUUGUGGAGACAAUAAAGGUUAUGUCUUAGGCUUUGUGUAGACAAUAAUGAUUAUGUCUUAGGCUUUGUGGAGAUAAUAAUGAUUAUGUCUUAGUCUUUGUGGAGAUAAUAAUGAUUAUGUCUUAGGCUUUGUGGAGAUUAUAAUGAUUAUGUCUUAAGCUCUGUUACUGUUUUUGAAUGUUUCAAAAGAGAAAACUCUUUACAAUUUUAACCUAGAACUUUGGAGUCAUUUGACAAUGAUAAACUUACCUCAGAAUCCAUGCCUCAGAGCCCAUGCCACAGAGCCCAAGCCACAGAGCCCAUGCCACAGAGCCCAUGCCACAGAGCCCAUGCCUCAGAGCCCAUGCCACAGAGCCCAUGCCUCUGAUAUUUAAGGGGUCCAAAGUUGUGAUGUGAAACUAUCUGUUUUCCAUGAACUUGACACCAGGGUCACAAAAAAGAAAAAUGGAAGAGGGCCUCCUAAUGACACAUGACGGCUCUGCCUUCCCUACGUGCUUUGCACCUCAUUGUGUCACAAAUUUUUUAUUGUAGAUGAAUGGGAGAUCCCUAAAACAAGAAAGCUUCAAUAUAUUUAUCUGUAUGUCAAGUGUUAGACAUUAGAGGAAGACAACACUGGCUGUCAAUCAGCUGUCUUAGGACAUGCUGAAAGUCGAGUGUUAGACAUUAGAGGAAGACAACACUGGCUGUCGAUCAGCUGUGUUAGGACAUGCUGAAAGUCCACACCAUGAACCUCCAGCAGGCCUCACACGUUGCCGAUAAUUACCAACUGUACCUCCCGACAUAAGAGAAAGACACAUAACUUUGAAAUACAGCAUCUGUCUUCCUUGCCUUCGUUGGAUCAGUACUGUAAACCAUCUUGUCUGCUCAUCUUUUUAUUAAGAAGUAAAGUUUAUUAAAAGGCUGCAAGUUAUUAAAAAAAUGACUCGCUCAUGCAAUCAGCCGGAAAAAUUACCAAAGAAUUUUAAAUCAUAUUAAUUUCAAGAGUCGAAACAUACACAUACACAUAAGCAGUGGUGAUCUACAAGUAAGCAGUGGUGACAUACACAUAAGUAGUGGGGACAUACACAUAAGUAAUGGUGAUAUUCUGUAACUUGUAAUUAUUUUUGAAAGAAUUGGUCCCAUUGUUGAGUCAAGACUAGUGAAUAUAAAUAUCUAAUCUGAGAAUUUAGUGUCUUUGGUAACAGCACUGUGCAUUCCCUGUGCAUUUACCUAACCCUAACAAAUUUCCAUGAUUUUUUAAAUUCCAGCUCUUGAACAAUGGCGUUGAGAAACAACGGAGAUGUGGUCCUUCUGUACGCACAUCCGUCAAUGCAGGAACUGGCCAAGCAAAUUGCAGAGUGUUGUCACAAAAGCAGUUCGUUGUCUGACGCCACAAGCUCAAGCACAUCAGCACAGUCCAGUUCACCCUGUGUCGACGGUAAAGUUGUAGUGUCUGACCUCACCCAGUCUACACAAGAGAGUUCAAAGACUCAAGUGCCACACGUACGUUUCACAUUUUAUUGUUUAUUUUUAAAAAAAUCUUUCAAACUAUUUUUAAAUGUACAUAUGGAAAAUAAAUUCAGAGUAAAAACAGACAUUUACAUUUUUAGUGGACGUUUAUAUUCCUCAUAGCUAACUAGCAUCUAGCGUUCAAUGAGGUCAGAUUUAGUUGAUUUUUGGUUGGUCUACAGGCCGGUGCCGAUUUAUGGAUAUGAGCAAUAAUAAUCACAGUGAUAAGCGUAAGCACUGGCGUCACUAGAAUAGAAGCCGUCCGUGGCAGGCCAUAUUUUUGCCGCCUCUCUUCCACGAAAAAAACCCAUCUGAGCUGGCCAAAAAUGUCACCCAUCCUCAGGAAGUAAAAAAUUGUCCCCUCCCCCACUUUACAACAACACAAAAAUAUUUGAGUGGGAUAAAAGUGUGUGUUUAGAAGGCACCAUGAGGGGGGCAGUAAAAUCUCAUCCUAUUUUAAAAGUAUGAUAUCUGCAUUUCUAGAAUUUUUUAAUUUUUUUUAAUGCAUUUUUUUUAAUGACAAGAGUGUCACAUGGCUAAGCCAGAGUGUCACAUAACUCAGCCGGAGUGUCACAUGACGUAGCCAUCACUGAUUGUAGAUGACCUCUCAGUGUCAACAUAUUACCCUCCUUUUAUUUAUGAGAAUGUACACAGGGCAUUAACAUUGAAGACUACUGGACAUGUAUGUGUAUGUCGCAGGAAGCUUAAUUCUGUAUGUGUCCUACUUGAGCAUUUGUUGUCUUACAUAGUGGUUACCUGUAGUGAGUAAAUACAAAUGUGGCUACUGUAGUGAGUAAAUAUAAAUGUGGCUACCUGUAGUGAGUCAAUAUAAAUGUGGCUACCUGUAGUGAGUCAAUAUAAAUGUGGCUACCUGUAGUGAGUAAAUAUAAAUGUGGCUACCUGUAGUGAGUAAAUAUAAAUGUGGCUACCUGUAGUGAGUAAAUAUAAAUGUGGCCUCCUGUAGUGAGUCAAUAUAAUUGUGGCUACCUGUAGUGAGUCAAUAUAAAUGUGGCUACCAGUAAAAUAUAAAUGUGGCUACCAGUAAAAUAUGAAUGUGGCUACCAGUAAAAUAUGAAUGUGGCUACCCAUAGUGAGUGAAUAUAAAUGUGGCUACCUGUAGUGAGUCAAUAUAAUUGUGGCUACCUGUAGUGAGUCAAUAUAAAUGUGGCUACCAGUAAAAUAUAAAUGUGGCUACCAGUAAAAUAUGAAUGUGGCUACCAGUAAAAUAUAAAUGUGGCUACCCAUAGUGAGUGAAUAUAAAUUUAGUAAAUAUAAAGAUUGUUUUGUUUGUUUAUCUCGACUGUCACUGACACCCCCACUCCCCUGCCCGAAACAGUUUCCUUCCAUGGGACUCUGGGUAAGAAUGGCACAUUGCUGUGUAAUGCUUUGAAAUUCCAACAUAUGAAUUGCUUGCUCCUGAACUGCUCAUUGCUCCUGGACUGCUCUUUGACAUUUGAUCACUCAAUUUGAAUUGAAAAUUAAAUUGUCACAUAAAUAACUUACUUGCAUGUCAAAAGUGUUUGCAAAAUUUCCUACGUCAGUUGAAUCAAAUGAUAGUGACCUUGAUCUUAAUUAUUUAAUCAGCUUUGAAAGCUGCUAAUCUCAAAUCUUGAUUUGACGACUAACAUUUCUGUGUGUCUCUGUGUGUGCAAUCCUAACAUGUGUCAAGAUUUUGAUGUUUGCUCUGAAUGUUUGUGUAACAACACUAAAUCACCUGGCAACUUCUGACACCAAUUACUGACACCAACUACUGACACCAACUACUGACACCAACCACUGACACCAACUACUGACACAUACUGCUGACACCAACUACUGACACCAACAUUGGGAUUCCAUUAAUUUAAUUUCUUGAAGCUUAACAUACAUUUUAAAAAAUUCAUUAUAUUUUAAAAUGUUAUUUCUCUACUAUUAAAACCGCAUUAUUGCCCCAAAUAUGAUGGAAUUGUGUGUGUGUGGGGGGGGGGGGCACUCUAUUCUACGAGUACCGAUAUGUUGAUUCCCUAAAGUCAUGAUAUUUUUAAAUCUAUGAAUGUAUCUGGGCUCGUAGUUGAAAUUUAAUUUUGUUUCAUUAUAUUUUAAAAUGUUAUUUCUCUACUAUUAAAACCGCAUUAUUGCCCCAAAUAUGAUGGAAUUGUGUGUGUGUGGGGGGGGGGGGGCACUCUAUUCUACGAGUACCGAUAUGUUGAUUCCCUAAAGUCAUGAUAUUUUUAAAUCUAUGAAUGUAUCUGGGCUCGUAGUUGAAAUUUAAUUUUGUUAGACAUGAUUUCUUUGAUAGACCAACAAACCCAUCAACAAAAACCUGUUUAAUUUUGGGCACUUUGUCCUCCAUGCCACUCUAGAAAAACGUCCUGGUGUCCGCUCGUCAUGUUGAGUUCCGCAACACCAUCCAGUGGAACAAUUUUGCAGAUGGUUUUCCCAAUUUGUUCAUAGAAGAUGUGAAAUACAUGGCGGGGAAAGACGGUAAUUGAAUGUGUACAGACUGUUGAAUUGCUAUGGUAAUUGAAUGUGUACAUACAGUUGAAUUGCUAUGGUAAUGAAAUGUGUACAUACAGUUGAAUUGCUGUGGUAAUUAAAUGGGUUCAUACUGUUGAAUUUCUAUUCCAUCUUGUAAAAUUUAGUAUUUUAAAUGUAUCCACAAAAGAGUGGGAGAUCAGAGGUCAGCAUGAUAUUCAUGUACUACCAAUUGUAGUUAUAAAUAUAAUUCUUAUCCAUUAUAACUCAGAAUAGAUUCAACAUUACUCAGAAUUGGUUCAGUAUUACUCAGAAUAGAUUAAGUAUAACUCAGUAUAGAUUCAGUAUUACUCAGAAUAGAUUCAGUAUAACUCAGUACAGCUUCAGUAUAACUCAGUAUAGAUUCAGUAUAACUCAGUAUAGAUUCAGUAUAACUCAGUAUAGAUUCAGCAUAACUCAGUAUAGAUUCAGUAAAACUCAGUAUAGAUUCAGUAUAACUCAGUAUAGAUUCAGUAUAACUCAGUAUAGAUUUAGUAUUACUCAGAAUAGAUUAGGUAUAACUCAGUAUAGAUUCAGUAUUACUCAGAAUAGAUUAGGUAUAACUCAGUAUAGAUUCAGUAUUACUCAGAAUAGAUUAGGUAUAACUCAGUAUAGAUUCAGUAUAACUCAGUAUAGAUUCAGUAUAACUCAGUAUAGAUUCAGUAUAACUCAGUAUAGAUUCAGUAUAACUCAGUAUAGAUUCAGUAUAACUCAGUAUAGAUUCAGUAUAACUCAGUAUAGAUUUAGUAUUACUCAGAAUAGAUUCAGUAUAACUCAGUAUAGAUUCAGUAUUACUCAGAAUAGAUUAGGUAUAACUCAGUAUAGAUUCAGUAUUACUCAGAAUAGAUUAGGUAUAACUCAGUAUAGAUUCAGUAUAUGAGCUUGCUACCAGAUGAUUAAAGUAAAUAUGAUAGCCCUACAUUCAAUCAUUCAAUCAUUUAAUCUUUGUCUCUUGGAAGGGAUCCAGACAGCUGAAUCUUAACACUCCAAUAAUCCAUGGAUGUCCAGCUGUAAAAUCCAUUAGGCUGUUAACAAUGUCAAUAAGAAAUGUUGUAAAAAUUACUUACAAACAUUAAGGAUAGAAAAGUUUAGGAUGAUUUCUUUUCAAACAGCUUUGUAACAGAUUUUUUUUUUUUUUACUUGAGCAUUCUAUGUGAGCAUAAGCAUAAUGAUCAGAAGCCAAGGUGGCAGGUUCAGAAGGACAUUUUUUUGUAUCAGACGCCAACCAGUUUAAAAUUGACGACCAAUGGCUGGUGCCGUAAAUUUAAAAGUGAUGUACUUCCUUUUCAUACAGUGAUAUUCAUCGGCAGCUUUCACUCGCCUGCUAUUGUGUUUGAGCAGCUCUCGGUUCUCUAUGCCUUCCCAAGGUAAGUAACUCUCAGUUCUCUAUGCCUUCCCAAGGUAAGUAAUUCUCAGUUCUCUAUGCCUUCCCAAGGUAAGUACAGUGGAACCCCUCUAUAACGCGAUGAUCGGGGUCCAUAAAAUCGGAUCGUGUUAAAAGCGGGGUUGCAUUAAUGCACGGUUCUACAAUAUUUAACUUUUUUCCGAGAACAUAUACGUGUAUACUAUUUAUAGUUCUACCAGAAGAAAGCCUCAUUUUCGGCAUUAAUUUUGAUACUAGUUUGAGCGUGGUGCGUUUAGGGGCUCAUUUUUUUACGAUAUUUUGAAAAGUUGUGAUUUUUUUCGCUUUAAAAAAUGGCUUUCCAAGCAAUGGAUAAAGUUUUCAAAGAACUUAGGGCUUAUGGUGUAAAUGAAUUUCAAAUUUUCUGGAGCUAUGCUACAAACGCGUUAGAUCCGAAUUCGCGUUAUGGCAGGGCGCGUUAUAGCUGGGUUCCACUGUAACUCUCUGUUCUCUAUACUUUCUCUAUGCUUUCCCAAAGUAAGUAACUCUCAGUUCUCUAUGCCUUCCAAAGGUCAGCUCAAUUUUACUGCAAUUUUAGUUGUUUUUAAGAUACUUGUAAAUUUGACUUGGUUAAGAAAAUGUAAUCAUGAUUAAUCGUAUCCGGAAAUUUGUUUGAAAGAAAAUGAUGGAAAAUUAUCUUUCAUUACCUGGCUUACCUAUCAUGACAUAACUUAUCUGUCAUGACAUGACUUAUCUGUUAUGACAUGACUUAUCUGUCAUGACAUGACUUAUCUCUCAAUACAUGGUUUAUCUAUCAUGACAUGACUUAUCUAUUAUGACAUGACUUAUCUAUCAUGACAUGACUUAUCUAUCAUGACAUGACUUAUCUAUCAUGACAUGACUUAUCUAUCAUGACAUGACUUAUCUAUCAUGACAUGACUUAUCUAUCAUGACAUGACUUAUCUGUCAUGACAUGACUUAGCUAUCAUGACAUGACUUACUUAUCUCUCAUGACAUGACUUAUCUCUCAAUACAUGGUUUAUCUAUCAUGACAUGACUUAUCAUUAUUUUCUUCAGAUAUUUGUCCCGGUCAUUUCACUUCAUCCUCCCGUACUUCCCGACGGGGACGAUGGAAAGAGUGGACACAGAGGGACAGAUCGCCACGGCAAAGGUACGUCAUCAGGGCCGGGGUUCAAGGUGUUUAAUUCAUUUUUUAAUUAGUUGCAUGUCCAGGAGAUGAUUGUGUUUAGUCCCGACUUAAUUCCAUCAGACCCUUCUCUUUCAACAGACAUUGGCUACUCUGCUAUCCGCCAUACCAUUGAGUGCCCGAGGGCCCGCUCAAAUCAUCAUUUAUGACAUCCACGCCCUGCAGGAGAGAUUCUACUUCUCCGAUAAUGUUAUACCGAGGUGAGUGAGGAACUUAUCUCCCCUUUUUUACCACAACCAACACAUUUCAAUGAUGACCCAGUUUUUGGUCAGACUCUUAAUAAUAUAACAGUUACGUGUAGGUAGAUAGAACGUCCCAUUAAAAAUACGUGGGUGAGGCGGGGUUGUGCAGUAUAAUCGACACUUAGAAAAAAAAUAUGGUGCAGAAAGCUAUCAUCAACUCGAUGAGUGGCACCCGAGAUCUCUUCCCCAAGAUCUUGAGAACUAGAUGAGUGGCACCCGAGAUCUCUUCUCCAAGAUCUUGAGAGCAGAUCUUGAGAACUAGAUGAGUGGCACCCGAUCUCUUCCCCAAGAUCUUGAGAGCAGAUCUUGAGAACUAGAUGAGUGGCACCCAAUCUCUUCCCCAAGAUCUUGAGAGCAGAUCUUGAGAACUAGAUGAGUGGCACCCGAUCUCUUCCCCAAGAUCUUGAGAGCAGAUCUUGAGAACUAGAUGAGUGGCACCCGAUCUCUUCCCCAAGAUCUUGAGAGCAGAUCUUGAGAACUAGAUGAGUGGCACCGGAUCUCUUCCCCAAGAUCUUGAGAGCAGAUCUUGAGAACUAGAUGAGUGGCACCCUAUCUCUUCCCCAAGAUCUUGAGAGCAGAUCUUGAGAACUAGAUGAGUGGCACCCGAUCUCUUCCACAAGAUCUUGAGAGCAGAUCUUGAGUCUGAGUAGACGAUCACAUUGAGUCCCGGGAGCUCCGUCCCUUCCAGCGUGUGAUACACACUCUCUAGGGCCCUGGGAAUGGCCUCAAGCUCCGUCUCUUGCAAUGUGUGAUACACACUCUCUAGGGCCAGCCUCAAGCUCUGUCUCUUCCAACGUGUGAUACACACUCUCUAGGGCCUGGGAAUAGCCUCAAGCUGCACAUCAAAUUUUGAUGCUACAGGCCCCGAACUCACACAAUCAACCUCUCAUUUCAGCUUCUAUAGUCAUCACUCUUCAUAGCCUACCCACUCCCCCAAGGUCUGUAAACCUAUUUAGUAUUUGACCAUGAUGGUAGCGGCCGUCGAUGACAAUACCGGUAAUAAAAUUAUCACGUUUCUUUGAGAGGCGCCGAAAGUUGCUCUUAAAAAUUCAGUAUCAAUUAAGAUUUGAGUCAUAUCUUUGUGUCAUAUUUAAUUUCAGACUGGAGACAGCCAUUCCUCUCCUCCAUAGAGAACUAGCCACCCUCCCAGACAAGGAAAGUCUUGUGUUUGCAUUCCCGGAUGAUGGCGCCUACAAAAGGUUCCACCUCAUGUUUCCAGACGACGAGAGGCUGAUCAUUUGUGCCAAGAAGAGAAUUGGGGACAACAAAAAAAUUGUCACUGUCAAAGAUGGUAAACAAACGGCCAUUUUGUUGAAUUCUUCCAGACCUGGCCAGUUUUUGAUAGAAAUCCUCAGAUCUGAAACUUGAGGAAGGUGUCCUAACAUGACCUGACAGGACCUAGCUAGCAUGAUCUAAAUCUAACAUGACCUGACCUUACAUGACCUAACAUGACCUGACUCUGCAUGACCUAACUAGUGUGAUCUGACAGGACCUGACCUUACAUGACCUAACAUGACCUGAUUAAUGUGACCUAACAUGACCUAACAAAGAUGACCUAACCAACGUGACCAAACAUGAUCUGACCUAACAUGACCUACCAUGACCAAAAUGAGGGACAUAUCAAUGGAAGAAAUGAAGUUGUAAAUAAACCUAAAAUUAAAAUAUACAAUUUUUAGAUACGACGAUGUUUUAAAAAAACUAAAACAGAAGAGAAUAACAUAGAAAGGUUAAGAGAUUCAAAUCGGAGAACUUGAUUUUUUUUUUUUUUUAAAUAACCUGUUUCAGAAUUUUAGAAACUUUUUAGUACAAUUGAGUUAAAAAUUAAAGUUAUAUAAUGAUGUCGAGUUUGAUGUCUAACCACUAAAACAAUUAUAUCAACCCAACUUGCCCAACAGGCAACCCCAGUGGCAAGCACGUGAUCAUCGUUGAUGACCUCGUCCAGACUGGAGGGACUAUUAAGGAAUGUGCCAAGGUAAUGAAGGGACCUGGUGCGGUCUUUUUGUUGCUAUGUUUUCUGUAACAGUAAGGUAUUUCUGUAAAUAAAUAAAUACAUUUAAAAAAAAAUAAUUUAAAGUCUGGCUACGUCCAGAUCAUACUGUCUGUUUACACCACAAUUAACAGAAACCUACUCUUGGAGACAGACAGAAUUUUGGUUUCGGAUCCGAAAGUUGCCAUUUGAUCACUUUUGCUGGUUUUGGAAGAAACAGAAAUGUUAACGUUUGGUUUCAUUUAGGUUUUGGCCAAAAGUGCGAGAGGCGGAAUGAAAAUAUGUUGUGUUUUUCGCAUGCGUUAUCUAUGGAUGUCUCAGUGCCAAAUCAUCUCUGGCAUUCAAAUUGGGCUAUAUUGAUGGACCUGCACAUUGUAUGGAUAAUUUUAAUGUUAUCAUCAGCGUUUAAUCUCCCCAACUUUACAAGACUACGUAUUUUUUCAAAAUGCAUUCUCAACUUCUCCACACAGCAGCGUUAGACUCUGACACAUUCUUUAGAAUCUAGUUUUGUUCUGUUACGCACUGGCUUCUAAUAUGAGAAAUUAAUCUCCUAUUUUAAUUUUAUGGCUCGUUCAAACACAGUGCCUAACAAAGGACGAUACCAUAGAGUCGACAAUAUUAAAGAUACGACACCCAAAACAGUUGCCAGGUACAACUAAUAAGAUUUAUUAAGUCUUAAGAUAAUUACAAAAGAAAAUUAAAAAAAAAUAAUGACAAUCUUCAACUUACAGUAUGGUAGAUCUUGUACCGGUACACAGUAAACAUAGUUAGUAUAAUGUGCCAAUGAAUAAUGAUGAAAUGCGAAAUAAACACAUAUGAGCACACAAAUACACAAAGAAUAAUACACGCCUCUUAAAGUUAAUAAUAUCUAUCUGAAUCUCCGUCUCUCCGUAUCUGUCAAACCCUUAUAUGCAUGUAGCCUAAAACGCUUCCAGAAAAGAAUUAUGACGUGUUGUUUACAUUUCUCGGGUUAUCGAGAAGAUUCGACAAGAUACCAGGAGACAUACUACCCAAUGUGUAAUUGGCAGUGGUUGUAUACAAGAUACCAGGAGACAUACUACCCAAUGUGUAAUUGGCAGUGGUUGUAAACAAGAUACCAGGAGACAUACUACCCAAUGUGUAAUUGGCAGUGGUUGUAAACAAGAUACCACGAGACAUACUACCCAAUGUGUAAUUGUCAGUGGUUGUAAACAAGAUACCAGGAGACAUAUUACCCAAUGUGUAAUUGGCAAAGUUUUCGCAGGGGGAAUGUGUGCUACAUAACAGUUCCAUCACUUCUCUUCCCUUCUCCCAAUUCCGCUUGCCGUAGUUUUAGACCACAAUAGGUUAACUCAAAAUAAAAUCAGGCUCCUUUGGUGGCUCGCCACUUAAAAAUGUUGUGGCCCAGACAGAUGUGUUGUGGCCCAUACGGAUGUGUUGUGGCCCAUACAAAUGUAUCACAAAUGAACUUAUUUCUUCAUUUAAAUAGCGAUUAUUUUAAUAGUGGCGUAAACCCUGUUAUGUAGAACACUUUUUCCGUGCUUCAUUUUACUUGACCUAAAUUAGAAUCCUAGCAGACAGUAACGUCUGUUGUGGGCAUGGCCUAUUCAUUUGAAGUAUCUUGUUUACCAAUUAAACACGUUAGACUGUCUUCAUGGUAUUUUCUCAAAUGUGCUGGAUAACCUGAGAAAUGUAAACAAUACGUCAUAAGUCUUUCUGGAAGGCAGGGCUUACGCGACCUAUCUAAGGGAUUGACAGGCACGGACGGAGAGACGGAGAUUCAGAUAGCUUUUAUUAACUUCACGAGACGUGUAUUAUUCUUUGUGUUCUUAUAUAUGUGUUUAUUUCGCAUUUCAUCAUUAUUCAUAGGCACAUUAUUCUAACUGUGUUAACUGUGUACCGGUACAAGAUCUACCAUACUGUAAGUUGAUGAUUUGUUAUGAUAUUUCUUUUCUUUUUGUAAUUACAUUAAUACUUAUUAAAUCUUAUUAAUUGUAACUAGAAACUGUUUUGGGUGCCGUAUCUUUAAUAUUGUUGACUCUAUGGUAUCGUCCUUUGUUAGACACUGCUUACAACGAGCCAAUUAAAAUUAAAAUAGGAGAUUAAUUUCUCAUAUUAGAAGCCAGUGCGUAACAACCCAAAUUUAUAUGUAUAUAUAUAUAUUCACACACAUCAUUUUUAUGGAUGGUUAUGCACCAUCUCGUUGUAAAACACCCAUCUCUCUCCCCCCCCCCCCCCCUGUCAUAAGUUAUUAAAAAAAAUUGCUAUUUAAUAACUACUGAAACAAAAGGAUUUGUGUAAACAAAGCUAUGUUAGGGGAACCUAAUUGUUCACAGCAUUAUGAUUAAGUCUAGAAUGACGCAAAACUAAUUCAGGUAUACGCAAAAGCAUACGUCUGCAUUCUGAAUUUACAACAAAAAAAUCCUCGGCAUGGGGCUUUCCGCUGCCCUGCCACAUUUUUGUCUGUUAAAGUGGCAAAUGACGGGCACAUUUUAUUUGCAAAAUGCACUGUAUAUAAAUAUAUAAACGUCAGUCAUCUACUUUGAGAAGUGACCUUUAUUAGACAUGCGAUGCAAAUAGUUAUUGUCUACAUCAUUUUAAUUUAUUUACUAUUACAAUACGGUACUGUACGAGCUUGAGGUGGUAAAGUUUUAUUCCGAGACAAUAUUUUACUAAACUGGGAGUUCCAGUGUAACCAGGCCAGCACCAGUGUAACCGAGCCAGCACUGUAUUAUCAUGCUAAACAUUGCUCAACAUUCGUUCGACAUUGAAAUUAAUGCAAGAAAAUAGCAUCAAAAGUUCUUCAGUCCUCUAUACUGCAAUGCUGGGUCUUAAAGGUCUUUAUUAAUAGCCACAUAAGAACAAAGUGGCAAUUAUAGGUAUUGCAUGGCAAUUGAAAACAAAUUGCCAUAGGAAAUUACAUUAUCUUGGUACAAAGUAUUAGUAAAACUUGGUAUGUAUGAGAAGGGUAGAGUAUGUAGACAUAAACUGUAUGAAUAUGUUUGUUUACCACAGGUUCUGCUUGAGCACGGAGCCACGGCCGUCAGCGCCUACGUCACACACCCGGUUUUUCCUGGCAACUCCUGGAAGAAAUUCUUGGACAGCGACCCCCCUUUUGCCAACUUUUGGAUCACGAACUCUAUUCCCCACGCCGAGGAGAUCGGCAAACACCCGCCAUUUAAACUGUUGUCACUAAGCACCAUCAUUACGGAGAACCUGCUUGGGUUUGAUCUCAUGCCAUCACACUGACAAACUCAAAUGUUGAGAUGAUUUACUUUAGGAAAUAAAGUGCCAUGGGAGGUAAUUUCUAGACCGUUCCAAAUGUUUGAGACCAAGGGAGCUCAACCUUGGGAUAACUGGCGCCAUAGUCCAUUGUUUAGUUGUGUGUGUUUAACCUUGUGCCUAAAGGUUGAGGACCCUAAACCUAGUCACAAUCAUUUGCUUUCUAACUAAUUUCUAAACUAAAAAUUUAUUCCUUACUAAUCAAAGCAUUGUUCUAUAACCUACACCAACGAAAAUUUAAAUUAAACUCUGAUUUUAAGUAGUUUUUUUCCCCUUGGUGUACUUCUGCUGAUUUGAAACUUUCCUCGUUAUUUAAAAUGGAUUCUUUCUGAUGGCGCUAAUCGAAAUCCAUAUUUCUAAUCUUUGAAAAAAAUUAAGUUUAAUGAUGAAAAGUCAGGAUGAUUAACUGUUUCGCUGCGGAAUUUUUUUAUUAAAAAAAAUGUACA